CGCGUCAGCGCCCGCGAGCCCAUUCAUCUGUGCACUUGGGCGUUGGACCCCGCAUCUUAUUAGCAACCAGGGAGAUUUCUCCAUUUUCCUCUUGUCUACAGUGCGGCUACAAAUCUGGGAUUUUUUUUUUUAUUACUUCUUAAAAAAAAAAAAAACUACACUUGGACUCUUUUUUUGUGUUCGACUUUUCCACCUUUUUCCCUCCCUCCUGCGCUGCUGCUUUUUGAUCUCUUCGAAGAAAAUUUUUUAUCCGGAGUGUAUUUAAUCGGGUCUGCUCUGUCCUCCUCGCCACCCCACCCCCUCCCUCCGGUGAGUGCCGCCGCCGCCGUUGCCGCCGCCGCCGCCGCCGCCGCUGCUGCCGCUCGCCCCGUCGUUCCACCAACCCAAGGCUCUUUGUUUUCCCCUCUUGGAUCUGUUGAGUUUCUUUGUUGAAGAAGCCAGUAUGGGUGCCCAGUUCUCCAAGACCGCAGCGAAGGGAGAAGCCGCCGCAGAGAGGCCCGGAGAGGCGGCUGUGGCCUCGUCGCCUUCCAAAGCAAAUGGGCAGGAGAAUGGCCACGUGAAAGUGAACGGGGACGCUUCGCCCGCAGCCGCCGAGCCUGGCGCCAAGGAGGAGCUGCAGGCUAAUGGCAGCGCCCCGGCCGCCGACAAGGAGGAGCCCGCGGCCGCAGGGAUGAGCGGAGCCGCGCCCCCCGCCACCGCCGACAAAGACGAGGCGGCCGCCGCGGCCCCCGAACCCGGGCCCAGCCCGGCCGAGAAGGAGGCCCCCACCGAGGCCGAGGCCGCCGAGCCCGGCUCGCCCACAGCCGCCGAGGCCGAGGCCGCGUCCGCCGCCUCCUCGACAUCUUCACCCAAGGCGGAGGACGGGGCCACGCCCUCGCCCAGCAACGAGACCCCGAAAAAAAAAAAGAAGCGCUUUUCCUUCAAGAAGUCCUUCAAGCUGAGCGGCUUCUCCUUCAAGAAGAACAAGAAGGAGGCGGGAGAGGGCGGUGAGGCCGAGGGCGCGGGAGGCCCGGCCGCCGACAGCGCCAAGGACGAGGCCGCGGGGGGUCCAGAAAUUUAA